CGUGCGGGCUGUGGAACAUGGCGGGUCCGAUGUGGAGGCAAUGCCGGAGGUGGAGUACAAACUGUACGAGUGCGAGUUUAUUGGAAACCUUGUGGCAUUUUAACUGCAGGUCUGUGUCUUUCUCGGCGUCCUCUCUGGGGUGGCCGUCGUGGAGCUCAAGGCCGGGGAACGAGGGACAGCCAUCGUCAUCUACACAGAUAAACCCAAAAAUUUUAAACUUUACCUCAUCUCUAAACAGACACAAGUCACGGUUGCUGUAUCCCACACUACAGUCUUGUUGCUGCAGAACGUUACACAGUGAUGCAAAGCUCAAGGACCCCUUCACGUUAGCCCAGAAAGACCUUACAAGUUUAUAUGAUGACAUCAAAAAGGAGCUGUUUGUAUCUAAAGAAGAGCUGAAGUCACUAUGUGACUACUACUUUGAUGGCAAGGGCAAAGCAAUCCGACCAAUGAUUGUUGUCCUGAUGGCCCGGGCUCUCAACAUCCACAGCAACAGAGCAGGAGAUUUGCUCCCAGGGCAGAGGGCCAUAGCUAUGAUCUCAGAAAUGAUCCACACUGCCAGCCUGGUGCAUGAUGACGUCAUAGAUGGAUCAGAUAAGCGGAGAGGAAAGAGAACCAUCAAUGAAGUGUGGGGUGAAAGAAAGGCGAUCCUGGCAGGAGAUUUCAUCCUCUCAGCCGCCUCCAUGGCCUUGGCUCGUAUUGGAAACAACACUGUGGUUAAAGUGUUGUCCCAGGUCAUAGAAGACCUGGUACGAGGUGAAUUCAUGCAGCUGGGUUCUAAGGAGAACGAGAACGAGAGAUUCAAACACUACCUCGAGAAAACCUUCAAGAAGACGGCGAGUCUUAUUGCAAACAGUUGUAAAGCAGUAUCCAUUCUGGUAAAUUCUGAUCCCGAAGUUCAUGAAAUCGCCUACCAGUACGGGAAGAAUGUUGGCAUCGCAUUUCAGUUAGUGGAUGAUGUCUUGGACUUCACAUCAGGAGCCAAUCACCUGGGGAAGCCCUCAGCUGCAGAUCUCAAACUGGGCUUGGCCACUGGACCAGUCCUGUUUGCUUGUCAGCAGUUUCCUGAGCUUCAUGCAAUGAUCAUGAGGCGUUUCAGCUCCAAUGGAGAUGUAGAUCGAGCCUGGCAAUACGUCCUUCAGAGCGAUGGCGUGCAACAGACCAACUUCCUGGCCCAGCGUUACUGUCAAGAAGCCAUCCGACAGAUCAGUAUGCUCAGGCCGUCCCCAGAGAGAGAUGCCCUCAUCAGGCUCACUGAGAUGGUGCUCACCAGAGACAAAUGAGCCUCCUCCUGGUGGGGGGUGGGGGGGGGGGGUUCACUUCAGGCAGCUACCUGUUGAAAGACAACUCAUCCUGACCUCCCCCCCUCCCCCCUCCACCGUGUCUGUGUGUGUGUGUUUGUCUGCACAGGGUGGGGGGCGGUCAGAAACGGAGACGGUGAGGGAAGCGAUGGGGAGUUUGGUUCGGGGGACCCCCCCCCCCCUAGGUGCUGGUUUUUAGUGCCAACUGUAAAUGGAAAAGGGGAGCAAGCUUUGUCAGAACACUUACUGAGAAUCGGAGCAGCUUGCAGGGGUCUCCCCGAACCGACAAACCCGUUGUUUCACGGCUCUCUCCUGAAACAUACGUAUGGGUUAGUCGCAUUAAAAUGGUUUUGACAUAUAAAUACACUUGGUUUUUAAAUGCACAUCCUUGUGAUUUCGGCUUCCUACGUGAAAUCACGGCGAUGAUCUGGAAAUGAAUUAUAAUCUUUAAAUUAUGGGAUGCCACCGCAAACUGCAACCAAUACCUUCAACACGUACAGUACUGUAACUACAACUGCCUCCCCAUGACUCGAACUAGCAGACUGUGAGUGAACACAGUUUGUUACCUGCUAGUCCUGAGCUGUGGAGUUGUUGCACAAUCUCUAUUAUUCCAAAUGAUAUAUAUAUAUAUAUAUAUAUACAAAAAAAAAGUGCAUAAUUGUCAUGGGUGUCAGGAGCGUCUGGAUCUGUGUUAAUGUCUUUUCGAGAUCCGUCCACACCUUUUUAAAAGGCCAAACAGUCGCGUCUUUUCGACUUGUGAAAUGUUAUGGAGGUUACUUCUGUAAUGCAAAGUGCCCUGUAACAACUGAAGGCCUUAACAUCUGCAAUGACUGUGUGCUCAAUAAACCAACAGUUUUUCUUUUCUUUUUUUUUUAUUUAAAUCAA